CAUUCUUUUUGCUUUUUUGCAUGAAGAAAUAAUAUUUUGUUUUUAUUGGUAUAAUUGAUUCCGCUCCCAAAGGACACCACCAAGCAGGCACACACAACCAUCCCCUUCCCCCAAUUGAGGCCCCAAAGCAAACGGCAACCCACCCACCCACCGCAGCUGACGCAAGCCCCAAUCCCAAAAAUCAGAGGCCACCCCAGCCCAGCACAGCACAGUACCCGAGCACGCUCUCUCACCACCCACCUACCGACCGCCUCAGCUCACCGGCACGCUGGGCACCGGGCACCGGGGCCACGGUUGUACCGACAGACGACGAUAUUACGCCGCGCGUGGGCGCUGCUGAUCGGAGCGCUUGUGCUUAUGGGUGGUGCUUUGCGCGCUGCGCGCGCGUGGGGCGCCUUGCAACGCGCCCCCCUCCGUCGCCGAUCAUGCCAUUUGCCGGUGCGGCGGCCGAGAUUGGGGGGAUGCGUGGUGCCGGCUUUGCGUUUUGCUGCUGGUGCUGCGCUGCGUGGCUGCUGCUCGGGUGCUGUGAGGGGGGCGUUGGUUCCUGCUCGGAGAUGGGGGAGUGGGUGGGUUGGGUGCGCGGAGAGUGGUGUUUGGGGUUACGGGCGGAUGGGAGGGUGGAGAGGGUGGGUGUGGUAUGUGGUGUGGUAAGGUGAGAUGAGGCUGGCUGGCUGGCGGAUUGGGGGAGGCCUGAUUGUGUGAUUGGGCGUGGAUGGGUGGAUUAAUUGAUUGAUGUAUGCGUAGAUGGGUGCGUGAGGUGUGGUUUGGGGGGUUGGAGUGGGUUGCGUGGGGAUGGGGGUUGGUGGUUAUUUGACUGUGAGUUUCCGUUUUGUGGUGGUGAGAAUGAUGAUGGCUAUGGAUGGGUAGGUAAGUAUUCGAGGGGGUGUGUGUUGUGGAAUUCUGUGAGUGUGAUUUCAUUCUUCAUGUCCAUAUGCGGAGUUUGGUUGUGUAGACUCAAUCUGGUUGUUGGAUUCUUUUUUUUUUUUUUUAAAAAAAAAAAAAAAAAAAAAAAA